CUGCAUUCCGCGUCUCCCCGGACCCCGGAAGCGCCGUGACCAGGACCAGCCGCCGCUCCGCUGCUCCCUCCGUGAAGCUGCUCCGAGAAGCUGCUCGGUCCCUCCACCAGCUCCUACACGUCCCUCGGUCCUGCUCUACCCCCCCAGCCAGCAGCGGCCCCGGCGCGGCCAUGGCGGCGCGGCUCCCGGCCUGUGUGGUGGACUGCGGAACCGGGUACACAAAGCUCGGCUAUGCAGGAAACACAGAGCCACAGUUUAUCAUGCCUUCAAGUAUUGCGAUCAAAGAGUCUGCCAAGGUUGGAGACCAGGCGCAGCGCAGGAUGAUGAAGGGAGUUGACGAUCUGGACUUCUUCAUCGGAGACGAAGCCAUCGACAAGCCGUCGUAUUCAACAAAGUGGCCCAUCCGUCACGGGAUCGUGGAGGACUGGGACUUGAUGGAGAGGUUUAUGGAGCAGAUCAUCUUCAAGUACCUGCGGGCAGAGCCUGAAGACCAUUACUUCCUGCUGACGGAGCCUCCCCUCAACACGCCUGAGAACAGAGAGUACACCGCCGAGAUCAUGUUCGAGUCCUUCAAUGUCCCCGGACUCUACAUCGCUGUGCAGGCUGUGCUGGCGCUGGCUGCCUCCUGGACAUCCAGACAGGUGGGGGAGCGAACGCUGACCGGCACCGUGAUCGACAGCGGGGACGGAGUCACGCACGUCAUUCCAGUGGCUGAAGGCUACGUCAUCGGCAGCUGUAUCAAGCACAUCCCCAUCGCCGGGAGAGACAUCACCUACUUCAUCCAGCAGCUGCUGAGGGAGCGGGAGGUGGGGAUCCCUCCGGAGCAGUCGCUGGAGACGGCCAAAGCCGUCAAGGAGCGAUACAGCUACGUCUGCCCUGAUCUGGUCAAAGAGUUCAGCAAGUACGACACAGACGGCUCCAAGUGGAUCAAACAGUACACGGGCAUCAACGCCAUCAGCAAGAAGGAGUUCACCAUCGACGUCGGUUACGAGCGCUUCCUCGGACCCGAGAUCUUCUUCCACCCUGAGUUCGCCAACCCCGACUUCACCCAGCCGAUCUCAGAGGUGGUGGAUGAAGUGAUCCAGAACUGUCCCAUCGACGUCAGGCGUCCGCUGUACAAGAACAUCGUGCUCUCCGGAGGCUCCACCAUGUUCCGGGACUUCGGCCGGCGCAUGCAGAGAGACCUCAAGAGGACCGUGGACGCGCGGCUGAAAAUGAGCGAGGAGCUCAGCGGCGGGAAGUUAAAGCCCAAGCCCAUCGACGUGCAGGUCAUCACUCAUCACAUGCAGCGAUACGCCGUGUGGUUCGGAGGAUCGAUGCUGGCAUCCACUCCCGAGUUCUACCAGGUGUGCCACACCAAGAAAGACUACGAGGAGAUCGGGCCGAGCAUCUGCCGCCACAACCCCGUGUUCGGAGUCAUGUCUUAGGCGCGGCGGAGCUCGCUCAGCAGAGGCCCGACGGGGAACCAAGACACGAGCGGAGGAAGUUACAGCGAGCCUUUGCACGGAUGCUCCGACAGACCCGGACAGAGCCACGGUGGACCAAACUAGCUCCAGAAGAGCAUCCUCGCAAUUUAGAGGAGAGAGGUGACUCGGCCCAAAGCGUCCUGAGACAAAAUGUUUACUGCAAGUAGGUUAAUAAUAGGUGAUAAAUCUUUACUUUCUGCGUGCCUCGUUAAUGUACUUAUGGAUUCUCACAGGGUUGUAAUUAAUCAACGUGUCCUGUAUAAAUGCUCUGUAUAUGGGUUGGGUUUCUUGCUGUAUGUAUGUACUCUUAAAAAAAAAAAAAAAAAGAAAAAAACGCUGGCGGUUGUUUCUAGUGCUUAUAUCAAAAAUACUCUUCAAAUUCCAGUGAUUAAAACUCCAAUUUGAUCAUGAAGCCAUCAAUCGGUGCAAACAUGAGUCGUGCUGACCAUUCCACUUCCCUUUUUGUGAGUUAAAAAAAUAAUAAUAAUAGAAAUAACCCCCCCAUCAGCACUUGGACUUUUCUUAUAAAUAUAAUUUAGCUCAGAUGAUGUUUCUCAGGUUUUCUCCUGCAGCAUUGUGACUGUUACCGCUUUCCUCUGACUUAUAUUUUGUAAUUUGUAUGAAUCACCUCUUGAACAACCCGUCUGGGGAAGAAAAAAGUCGUGUUAAUUAAUAUAUGAACGUGAAUUUGAGUGACUGUUGUCGGACCAUCACUGUUGCCUAGAUCUCAGUAACUCUGGACAGCUUUGUACUGUACGAAAUCUGGAUUUCAAUGCCGGCAUUCCAAUAAAUGCCAAGGACGUA